AAACUGAAAGCUGGGGAUGAAAGACUUCUUCUUCUUCAUAAAGUACCAAAAUUCUCUUUAUUCUUCUAACCAUUAGAUUUGCCUUUUCUCUUUGAUGUCGGCAAAAUUCAAGAUUUCCGAACUAAAGCAGUAAUUAUUAACCAGGCAAUUUGAAAAGUUCUUGUAGUAGAGUGUUGAAGCGAGAUAGUUUAAUAUUAUGACAUUAGUUAAAACGAGAGGCACAAUAUAAUGAUAUUUACGAUCAUCAUUUUUAAAAAUAGCCACGUAAUGUUAAUGGAUUCAUGAUUGACGACGCUGUUUCUUGUGAAAAACCCGUAAUUUUAACUGAAAUGAGAUGAUAAUUUUACAUUGCUGUAGCUCAAAUACUCCCUAAAACCCUUCUGUAAGUGUGGGUGUGAAAAAUGCGUGUUAUUCGUGUGUGAAAAAUUGAGUUCACGGUUGCUUGCUUCCGGAGUGCUAUCCGGGGUAUUUUAAUUACCUUUGAGUGGUUUCCAGGUAAACUAUGGACUGUGCUCAUGGAUAAUGUUGAGUUUCUCGACUUAUUGUUACAAUGGAGACAGAAUCUGUGAGGUCGGAGCUGAGCAGUCGGUCUAGGCGAUCAUCCAGACACAGACAACAUACCCACAGGAGCACUAGGAGUACAAAAUCUCACAAAAAGGACACCACUGACAUGGCACCAUUUCAGACCAGUGUUAAUCUAAACCCCGAGAUGGGCAGAGACGGCCAAGAAGUCAUUGAGGUGCAGAUCCUCCCGCAAGAUGAGAACUGGGGGGAAAAUACCACUGCAAUCACUGGCAACACUUCUGAAGGAUCAGGAUCUAUGGAGGAUGUCAGCAAUUGGCCGGCUGAAUCAGAUAGCGGCUUGAGUUUUGUUUGCGCAAGAUAUAUUGGGACCACUAUAACUUUAGGACUUACAUUUGUAUCUUUUGUCAGUCCAUUGGCCAUGGUUGUGCUGCCAAAGAUUGGGUUUUUUCCCGGCCUGACUGAUAAUAUAGCUAUACAGCCAUCGCAGAGGAUACAGUUAUUAUCCUGUACAGCAGAAUGUAAAGGGAUAUUCCUGUCCCUAGCGUUCAAGCUAGUAUUGCUAGCCAUAGGUGUGUGGGCUGUGUUCUUGCGGCCUCGCAACGCAAUCUUACCAAGACUGUUUGUGUUCCGUGUGAUGACAUUAGUGAUAUUAGCAGUGUGUACAUUCUCCUACUGGUUGUUCUACAUAGUGCAAAUUACUGAAGCCACAAAAGCUUUGGCGGUGGGUGAGGAGGCGGCGGAUUAUACAGCACUGGUGUCUUAUGUAUCAAGUUAUACUGAUACACUGCUGUUUAUACAUUAUGUGGCUGUAAUCCUGAUGGAGAUACGGCAUUUAGAGCCAACAUAUUACAUAAAGAUAGUGAGAAGUCCAGAUGGUGAAAGCAGGUCUUAUGCUAUUGGACAGUUGAGUAUACAGCGGGCGGCUGUGUGGGUUCUACAGAAGUAUUACACAGAAUUCCCGAUCUACAAUCCUUAUUUGGAGAAACUGCCAAUAUCGAAGUCGCAAAGAAAAGCGUCAAGUAUAAAGUUUUAUGAUGUGGAUGGAUCAACCAACGCACCUUCUCAAGCUAGGUCAGGCACCGGCUCUGUAACCGGCAGUGCGAGCGGGAGGCGCCGCGACUCCGCGUCCGCUCACAAUGAACGCUACUAUGAGGAGGCAGAGCGAGAGAGGAGGGUUAGAAAGAGACGAGCGAGGCUACUGACGGCCGCGGAGGAUGCGUUUGCGCAUGUGCGGAGAGUUAGGGUUACUAAUGCUAAUGGCGGAGCGCUGGGCCCUCGCGAGGCGGCGCAGGCGGUGUUCCCGUCGCUCGCGCGCGCGCUGCAGAAGUACCUUCGAGCCACCCGGCAGCAGCCGAGGCACUCCGCCGACUCGGUCCUAGCGCACCUAUCGCGCUGCCUCUCCCAAGACGCGUCUCCCAGAGCCUUCCUUGAACCAUUCCUUGUGGAAGGACCCGUACUAGCCGCGGAACAGGAGGCCCGGACCGUGCAGCGGUGGUCCUUGAUCUCUGAUGAUCUACUGGCGCGCCCCCUGGCGGAUAAUAUCGAGUUUCAACUGCGACAGGGAGACAUAUCGCUAGUCUGCUCCAUAAAGCAGCUGCCCAAGUUCACGCUAACAGAAGAAGUGGUGGACCCGAAGAGCAACCGCUUCGUUCUACGUCUCAACUCGGAGACGUCUGUCUGACAAGAGGAGCCUGUCGAGCACAGGUACGUCUGACGGUUAAUGGAGUGGUUUUAGAGUGCUUGUUACGACAUUCGGUAGAUAGGCCGUGUAAUGAGAAAAAGGAUACUU